CCCUCCAUUGCCUGGAUCCGACUUUACACUUCCCACCCUUGACUUCAAUUGCAUUGUCCACGGUCUGACUCAGUAUGGGUAAAUCCUCCAAGGACAAGCGCGAUGCCUACUACCGCCUGGCAAAGGAGCAGAAUUGGCGCGCCCGCUCCGCCUUCAAGCUGAUCCAGAUUGACGAGCAAUUCGACCUAUUCGAGCACGAGAACCCGGAGAAGGUGACCCGCGUCGUCGAUCUGUGCGCCGCCCCCGGCAGCUGGAGUCAGGUCCUGAGUCGCGUGUUGAUCAAGGGCGAGAGCUUCGGGCGCCGCGCCUGGGUUGAGAAAAAGCGCCGGGAGAAGGAGGCCCUCGAACGGGUCCAGAGCGAGGGAAGCAGCACCGAGUCACAGUCUGCGAACGAGGACGAGACGACAACGGAGGAAGAAGAGCUGAAGCCGCGCAAGAACGUCAAGAUCGUCUCGAUCGAUCUGCAGCCUAUGGCCCCCCUGGAGGGCAUCACGACCCUCAAAGCCGACAUCACCCACCCCUCCACCAUCCCUCUCCUCCUACGAGCCCUGGACCCCGAAGCCUACGAAUCCACCACUACCAGCAGCGCUGACAACUCCUCCCCCUCCACCACCCCUUCCCCGACCGCAGUCCGACCUCCGCACCCCGUCGACCUGGUCAUCUCCGACGGCGCCCCCGACGUGACCGGUCUCCACGACCUCGACAUCUACAUCCAAUCGCAACUCCUCUACUCCGCCCUCAACCUCGCCCUAGGCGUCCUCCGCCCCGGUGGCAAAUUCGUCGCCAAGAUCUUCCGCGGCCGCGACGUGGAUCUCCUGUACGCGCAGCUGCGCACCGUCUUCGAGAAGGUCAGCGUCGCCAAGCCGCGGAGCAGCCGCGCCAGCAGUCUGGAGGCCUUCGUGGUCUGCGAGGGCUUCAUCCCGCCGUCCAUCCACGACGGAUUGAAGGGGAUGGAGGCGCUCAAGAACCCGGUCUUUGGCGGUGUCGCUGUGACGUCUCCUACUUCCUCCGCAGCCGGCGAUAACGUGGCCGUCGAGGUGACGGAUGAGACCCCCUCGGCGCCCGUGCAGGUGAACCACCCGGCCCCAGCCAACACGAUGCUCAACAACGACGACACCGCGCGCCUGCUCCACCCGGAGUCGUUGGCUUCUUCCGCUGUCCCCGUGCCGUUGGCGUAUAAGCCCCUCGCCGAGAAGUUCUCCGUCGAGAACCGCUGGAUCCCGCGCUUCAUCGCGUGCGGGGAUCUCUCGGCGUGGGACUCGGAUGCCUCGUAUGCCCUGCCGCCGGACCACGUUAGUCUCGACCCCGUGCAGCCGCCUACGGCGCCGCCCUAUCGGCGGGCGUUGGAGCUGAGGAAGGAGAAGGGUGGAGCUUACGGAAAGACGAAGCUGGGGGCCAUGGGUCGGGCUUGAAGGACGUCGCCCAUGUCGGAUAAUCCUUUCGCGUUGGGGUUGGAGUACUUGGGUUGAUUUGUGUGUGUGUGUGUGUAUAUGGUAUGUUACGAUGUGUUAGAAUUGUUCAUGUCUACGGCUGCUUGCUUUUCGUUUUGG